CUGAAUACCUAUCAUACUCUUCUACUGAAGUAGUCGGUCGGUGCGGAAGGGCGUAGGUUUGUUGUUCGUCGAAAGUAUAUAUUUCAAACCGAGUGGGCCAACAAUUACUGAAUUGCGCUUUGAUUGCUGGAAUAAUCGUACGUUUUUUAAAUUACCGAAAUCGGACACAUCGCUGGCUUUUAAAACAAAGGCUUCAGGUGUUGGGGCCGACAUGUUUGUCAGCGGCUUGGUUUCGGUGUUUCUAUUCUUUCAUGCAACAGGUGUAGAGGCCUUCAGAGUUACAACCAAAAAUGCUAAUGUGAGGGCUAAAGAGAAUGAGGGGGCUGAUCUUUCCUGUAUUCCCUCGGCUGACUUUGGGGCAGAUGCCAGAGUUGAGUGGAAGUUUAGAGACAUGACGGGUUCGACGACCUAUGUCAUUUUCGAUGGGAAGCCCACCACGCUUUAUGAGGGCCGUGCCACUAUGUUUGAUGGGGUGCUGAGGUUCAGCAAGGUGACGCGCAAAGAUAAUGGACAGUAUCAAUGUGAGGUGUCUAACAAACAGUAUGUUGGGGAUGUCAAGGUGAAUCUCACUGUUUUAGUACCUCCAUCCGUGCCCAUGUGUAGGAUCCCUACCUCUGUAACGACGGGGAAUCGCGUGCUACUGUUCUGUCAUGACGCCGAGGGGUCUCCUUCCCCCACCUACAAGUGGUAUAAGGACAAGACCCCUCUUCCCGAGGACCCCAGCCAGUUCCCUGCCUUCAAGAACUACACCUACAAGAUCAAUCCUCUCAAUGGCAACCUGGAGUUUCCCUCUGCUUUGGUGAUAGAUACAGGAGACUACAGCUGUGAAGCUAUGAAUGAUGCCGGCCCUGUUCAACGCUGUCAAGCUGUGAGGAUGGAAGUCCGCAACAUCAACACUGGUGGUAUUGUUGCCGGGGUGUUCGUGGCUCUCCUGGCCCUGGCCCUGCUGUGCUUCGGUCUGUGGUACGCCCACCGCAAAGGAUACAUGCCCAAAAAGAGUGAAAGAAAACCCUCAGUGGGCUACCAGCCAACAUCGGAGUCCGGCGAGGACGAAGAUGGGGAAUUCAGGCAGAAGUCUUCGUUCGUGGUAUAGCCAGGGCGUGCAACACAUGUUCCGGAUAUACCCGGGAGUCUACCGCAACUAGUGAAUAUGUGUGCGUCCCAAUAACAACUCCCCUUUCUCCUGAAGUGUGCUGUCGUUCACUUCUUCCCACAAAUCUCAAAGCAUUGGGUUGUUGGAGUUAUGGGUUAGUGGGUGUUUCCACCGUAUUUCUUAUACCAGUCAUUGUCUUUCAAAAUCAGUGACGGGAAGUGAACAAGUGCACACUUUGGCGGUAGAAGAGAUAAUUGGGACAUAGCCUAUAUAUGACAAUACCACUGCCCCUUUUACCUGCUCACUGUGGAUAGGUGUGAAUUGGUGUUUUAUAAUUUUUUUAUUCCAUAUGUUUAUAAUUAAAGAAAAUGAAUUUUGGAAUAUUUCUCUAACUGGCAGUUACCUACAUCUGUACUAUUUUGUGGUGACUGUGUGUAUAGAUUUGAAAAAAUACUUCCGUUUACACUUCAUAUUUCUCAAGUGCCUCCGUUCUGUGAAAGAAAUCUCACAUUCAAGGAAAUGUAAGGAGGGACAAAAACUGUAAAUUCAUUCAUGAAAUCUUAAAGAACACUGGCCAUUCAUUUUCUAAUCCUAUUACUACAUGCCUAGCUUUCUUUUAUGGCUUUUCCCAAAUUGCACACUAUUCCCUAUAGAGUGCGCGACUUUGGACCAGGGCUCAUACAGUAGGGCUUUGGCCAAAAGUAGUGCAUUGUGAAGGGUAUUUGGUGCAGUUUUGGUACACAUACCUUGUGUCUUAUGUCUACUCUAAAUCCAUGCUUUCAGUGAGUUGUAAUGUGGAAAUGUUUUGUUUACGAUAGAUACAGACAUUUGUUUGGCAUUGUGUUUGUAUUAGAAUCAAACUCCAUUGUAUUGUUGUUUUGCAUUUGCUUGUUGCGAUGUUGCUGGUCCCAGAUCUGUCUGUGCUGUCAUGACAACUCAUGAGGAGUUGUCUAGACACCAGAAACAGACUGUCAACCAGGCUUGUUGAGCUGUACAUGGUCUCUUUCUUUGUAAGUUUGAUCAGGUUGAGCAUUCCAAAGAAAUGAUAUUGUGCUCACAGCAAAAUCAUACAAGGUGAUGAAUUCGAAUCAGGUUUAAGCGAUAUAGAGUAUCAGUCAAACGUUUGGACACCUACUCAUUCAAGGGUUUUUAUUUUGUUUUUACUAUUUUCUACAUUGUAGAGUAAUAGUGAUGACAAACUAUGACAUAACACAUAUGGAAUCAUGUAGUAACCAAAAGUGUUAAACAAAUCAAAAUAUUUUAUGUUUGAAGGAUCACAAAGUAGCCACCCUUCGCCUUGACGACAGCUUUGCACACUCUUGGCAUUCUCUCAACCAGCUUCACCUGGAGUGCUUUUCCAACAGUCUUGAAGGAGUUCCCACAUAUGCUGAGCACUUGUUGGCUGCUUUUCCUUCACUCUGUGGUCCAACUCAUCCCAAACCAUCACAAUUGGGUUAAAGUCGAGUGAUUGUGGAGGCCAGGUCAUCUGAUGCAGCACUCAUCACUCCUUCUUGGUCAAAUAGCCCUUACACAGCCUGGAGAUGUGUUGGGUCAUUGUUCUGUUGAAAAACAAAUGAUAGUCCCACUAAGCUCAAACCAGAUGGGAUGGCGUAUGGCUGCAGAAUGCUGUGGUAGCCAUGCUGGUUAAGUGUGCCUUGAAUUCUAAAUAAAUCAAACCGUGUCACCAGCAAAGCACCACCACAACUCCUCCUCCAUGCUUCACAGUGGGAAGCACACAUGUGGAGAUCAUUUGUUCACCUACUCUGCUAACCUAAUCUCACAAAGACACGGUAGUUGGAACAAAAUAUCUCAAAUUUGGACUCAUCAGACCAAAGGACAGAUUUCCACCAGUCUAAUGUCCAUUGCUCAUAUUUCUUUGCCCAAUCAAGUCUCUUCUUCUUAUUGGUGUCCUUUUUAGUAGUGGUUUCUUUGCAGCAAUUCAACCAUGAAGGCCUGCGUCUCCUCUGAUGAGAUCUGUCUGUUACUUGAACUUUAAAGCAUUUAUUUGGACUGCAAUUUCUGAGGCUGGUAACUCUAACGUAUCCUCUGCAGCAGAGGUAACUUUGUGUAUUCCUUUCCUGAGGUGGUCCUCAUGAGAGCCAGUUUCAUCAUAGUGCUUGAUGCUUUUUGCGACUGCACUUAAAGAAACUUUCUUAUUCCGCUUUGACUUACUUUCAUGUCUUAAAAUAAUGAUGGACUGUUGUUUCUCUUUGCUUAUUUGAGCUGUUCUUGCCAUAAUAUGGACUUGGUCUUAGGGUUAUCGUCAAAUAGGGCUAUCGUCUGUAUACCACAACUGAUUGGCUCUAACGCAUUAAGGAAAGAAAUUCCACAGAUUAAUUUUUAACAAGGCACACCUGUUAAGUGAAAAGCCUUCCAGGUGACCACCUCAUGAAUCUGGUUGAGAGAGUGCCAAUAGUGUGCAAAGCUGCCAAAGGCAAAUGGUGGCUACUUUGAAGAAUUUGAAAUAUAACACUUAUUUUGUUGCUACAUGAUUCCAUACGUGUAAUUUGAUAGUUUUAUAUGUCUUCACUAUUCUACAAUGUAGAAAAUAGUAAAAACAAAAGAAAACCUUAUAAUGAAUAGUUGUCAACUUUUGACUGGUACUGUAUAUUUUUGAGAAUUUUAACAUUGAAACGUUACUUAAUUUGUAGAUUAGCAUAAUGCUUACAUGGAGGACAUUGUCUCUGAAGGACUCAUUUUGUAAUAAAAUUGCGCUUUCCAUA